GCAGCCAACAUGCCCAGGGUGAAGAGCUCUCAGCCUGGAACCGGUCCAAAUCUGAAGUGCUGCCUACAUCUAUAGUGAGCCAAGACACUGCAUAGCUGUUACAAAAAGGUCUGGGCUUGUCACUUGGCCCUACCCCAAGAUCAUACUAUAGUUGAGUUUAUUUACAUUUAUUCAACAGUGCUUGGAGCAGUUGCUUCCAGCUUAGUGGAGCGCUUGCUUUGGUUCAUUUCUGACAGCUUCAUUGGACUCCAACUCAUGAUAUACAGAGGAAAAUUCAGUUCUGCAAGGCAACCUGAGACCAGGAAAAAAUGCUGUAAGGGUUAUAAGUUUGUUCUUGGACAGUGCAUCCCUGAAGACUAUGAUGUUUGUGCUGAAGCUCCCUGCGAACAGCAGUGCACAGAUAACUUUGGGCGAGUCUUAUGCACUUGCUAUCCUGGGUACCGCUAUGAUCGGGAGAGGCACAGGAACAGAGAGAAGCCGUACUGCCUAGAUAUUGAUGAGUGUGCCGCAAGCAAUGGGACGCUGUGCUCUCAGAUCUGUGUCAACACCAUGGGCAGCUACAGGUGUGAGUGUCACGAAGGCUAUACCCGGGAGGAGGAUGGCAAGACAUGCACCAAAGGAGAUAAAGCGGGGCUUCCUGAGAAGUCUGAAAAUGUGGCAAAACCGGGGACAUGCUGUGCCUCUUGCAAGGAAUUUCAUCAAAUAAAGCAGACAGUUUUACAACUGAAGCAAAAGGUUGCUUUGCUACCAAAUAAUGCUGCUGAUCUUAGCAAGCAAAUCACUGGUGAAAAAGUGCUUGCAUCUAAUGCAUAUAUCCCUGGCCCCCCAGGCCAGCCUGGCCAACAAGGCCCUCCAGGGGCUCCAGGACCAAAAGGGAGUCAAGGAGUUCCUGGGUCACCUGGACCUCCUGGACAGCCAGGCCCUCGUGGAUCAAUGGGGCCAAUGGGCCCAUCUCCAGACAUAUCGCAUAUUAAGCAGGGCAGACGGGGCCCCGUGGGCCCACCAGGAGCCCCAGGGAGAGAUGGUAGCAAGGGGGAGCGAGGAGCACCAGGACCAAAGGGGAUACCUGGCCCACCAGGUUCAUUUGAUUUCCUGUUGCUGAUGAUGGCAGACAUCAGAAAUGACAUCGCUGAGCUGCAAGAGAGAGUGUUUGGACACAGGACUCAUUCAUCAACAGAGGAGUUUCCAUUACCUCAGGAAUUUACAAACUAUCAUGACACAGUAGAUUUUGGAUCUGGAGAAGACUACAAACCACGAGCAGCACCCAGAGACUCCAGGAUACAGAAGGCAGCCCAUCCUUAGCUAUGCCUACUGAAAAAUAGAGCCCCUUUAGAGUUCUUCAAUAUAAAAAUGCACUGACAAUGUAAAAUAUAUAUAUAUUUCCCAGUUUUCUCUCUGCUUUUCCCCAACCAUGCUGCCUGUACUGUAGCUUUCCUGGUUCAUGGUAGCCUCCUUGCAGUAACUGCAUACCAUCAAGCCUGCACUGUGUGUUGUACCUAGACUAUCAAGAAAACCUUCUUAGUAUAUAAUAUGGUUAAGGCAUGCUCUAGCUAAUGGCACAGACCACAGUGUUUCAUCUGCCUACCUUGCCUUCUAUGUCGAAAUGACCCAGUACCCAAAUUUUGCCAGGGGUAGAGGGGUAGCUGAACAUCAUCCCUGAAUGAUGUCAUUAAUGAAAACCUUGAUCCACAGUUACUUUAGACAUGUAAAUAUAUUAUACCACUGAAGUCAAGUUUCCAGGUACUGUCCCCAGACUUAGGAGAGAGUGAAAAGGGGAUCCCUGUUUCACAGCAGAGGCCAGCUGUAAGUGAAAUGUCUUCUUCUAUUAUGCCACAUCAUGGCAGGAAAAGGCAAAAAAAAUACAGUGAAGCUGUGAUACAAGGGUGCUGCUUCUUGAUCUGGAAAUUAUUUGGCUUUGUGUUGCUACAGUAUCAUUCAAAGAGAGUUCGAAAAGAUGUUUGUCCUAAACUAACACUACUUUUCCCUUACCAUUCUCACACUGCCCAGUGUGAAGGCCAGUUCCCUUCCUCAAGAUUCACGCUGGAUACAUUACACAAAGAUGAGCAAGACAACAGGGGAUAUAUAAAGCAGCAAAACCAAGCAAAAAUUAAUCAAGUAGGCUUAUUGGCAAGCACAAAAUCAAUCCCAGCCUUGCAGAAAGAGUCGGAUUCUGAUCUCUUGUGGGUGCAUGUCUUCCCUGGUGAAAUGCUGAAGUCCAAGUGAAAUCAAGACCAGAGAGAAGCCUCAUGUUUGCAAAAAGCUUCCAUCUGUUUUGCUCCUCUGCUGCAUGAGGGCGACCUACAUGGCAGUCACAGAACUGGAACACAGAGUUGCAGUGUAUUUGGCUGGGUAUAUGAGGAGUACGAGUAGGUGCAAAAGUGCACAUGACAAAACAUUUCAACUGGUAUGAGGAUGGCUUAAGGUGAGGUACUGCACAUGGGAUCCUAUAUGAUGAAAGGGAGUGCCCUUUUUUUACACUGGAAAAUUGGAUGCACAAGUUAGACCAUACCUCAUGGAUGAUGUAUGUUACCAUUUCUUUUGGAUUACCACAGCUGCUGAGGACUUUGCCAUGCUUAGAAGAUAAAGGAGUAUAUUAAGCACAAAACUUUAAUUUUGUAUCUGUGUAGCUGCUACUUCUACAGUAUGUUUAGUGCUGGGUCAUGUUCAUGUUACAAAUGCAGAGAAAAACUUCUUAUUUUGCCACGUCUUUCAGGGUUUGCAUAUUCCAAUAGAAUAAAUACAGGUAAAAAUAUAAGCAGGCCCUUUUCAGAUAACCCAUAAAGGUUUGGAUUUCCUUCCAUAUUCUCUGGGCCAAAAGAUAGUCGGUGUAAUCCCUACGCCACCAGUACAGGUCACAUUGUAUAAACAGCUGGUUGUCUAAACCUUUCAUAUCAUUUGUAUAUUAUCUUAAGAGGAUGCAUUCAUUCCUGUGAUUGUUUCCCAACUCCUCGCUAUCACUAUGCCACAAGCAAGGGCAUUAGCUUUAAGAACGUUGAUGUUCUAUACUCCUCUUCAUGUUAUCUGUGCAUCAAUAUUUACAAAGCAAUGACUAAGUCACUGGGGUAGCUCAGAAAAAAUGAUAGUGCUCUCACCAUGUAGUCUUUGGGCUUCUCCUCGGGGAGGAGCUCUGGCAGCAGCUGCAGAUCCAAGUAGUCUUGUGAACCAGGUAAUAAGGAAAUCAGUGAGACUUGGGGAAGGAAUCUGUGGCCAAAAGAGGUAUGGUCUUAUACGCAGCAGACUGAAAGAAACCUCUAAGACAGCACAAACUGAGGCACUUAUGUCUUAUUUUCUUAAUUUCAAGCAGGCAACUAGGUAUAACAUUGUUCAUGAAUAUGCAAUUUGUUAAGUGUCAAAUGUUAUAUUUGUAACUCUUGCAAAUUAUAUAACUCUUGCAUAUAUUUACCACCACACCCCAUCACCUGCUGGAUCAGGUUGAUUCCCAUGACAGAAUUAAUAGCUGCAGGUUUUUUGACCAUCAGAUACUGAAUAAUGAGUUAGAUGAGUUACUUCCUACAUACCAGCUAAAUUCUAUUGUCCCCUACCCACAAGAUGUCUUCUAAAAAAGGCACUUACUUUAGUUCUAAGCUCUGCUUUUCCAAAUACAGACAAAUACCAAAUGAGAAGUUCCUACAGUUUGACCAUCAAAUCCAGGGAA